AUGGAAGCUGCUAGUAGAAUAUGGGAAUAUGAUGUGAUAAGAAUUGUUGAUAUUGUAAAACGUCGUCAAUGGUGUGCAUAUUGUGGACGUAUAGCCUAUUAUUAUUGUUGUUGGAAUACAUCGUAUUGCAAUAGUACUUGCCAGUCAAAACAUUGGCCUUUUCAUAUGACUUCUUGUGUACAAGUUAAAAGUCAAUUGAAUAAUAAUAAGAAGAAUAAGAAUAAUUUAAAUGGUUCUAUACGUCAUCAUUCUCAAUCACCUAACAUAACCAAUUCAUCUAAUAUCACCGAUCAACAACCACAUUUCUCUUUAACACAACCAUCGAUUCUUCAACAUAUUCCACAAAAUCCUCCUCCUCAUCAUCAUCAUCACCAUCAACAACAACAACAACAAAGAAUGAUUUUACCGAAUACAUCAAAUCCAUCAGUUGGUAUGUAUCGAUUAAACAAUGAUGGUACUUUAUUAACUACUAGUAAUACUUUAUUUCAACGUUCAUUAUCAUCAUCUUGUGUUUUACCAUCUCAACCAUUUAAGAAUUGA